UCGAAGGGAAACACCGGUACAACACUUUACCUGGCAUAUGCGCCGUUUGCAAUGGCGUCUUUCAUGCCGUCGCUCUCUCGAGCGGGAUUGAGCUUGUGCCGACGUUGUCCGGUGUGAAGUGUGAAAUGAGGGUUUCGUGAAGACUGGUUGUGGUGUGUCCGGAGUGAACUUGCUUUCGCCGUGUUUCUUGAUAGGGGAUUCGGGGCGUUUUUCAACCUCUGCGUGUCUCGACCAACUUGUUUGUUAAGUCAACGUGCCUUGAGCAUGUUCUACUGCGUCGCGUCACUAUUUUGUGUCGGAAAAACAUCAGUUUAGUCUCCAUUAUGGCUGCCGGUCGCGAAGCAGUGAAAUUUCCUGAUUUCGAGCAAUUUGAUCCACCCCGUGACCAGCAAUUUAUCCUAGCAGGGAUGCGCGUUAGCGGUUGUCAGUGAAAUUACAUCCUUGAGAUGUGCGCUUGAGUUGAACAGAAUCGUUGAGAUAAUUACAGUACAAGGGCUGAAAUGCAAGGCGAAACUCACCUGAGGUAGUUGAGUCCGCGUGUAAACUACCAAGGUUGUUUCGCCGUGAGGAACAGAACUUUCCCAGUGGAAUACUGAAGCGAGAAGCAGCGAUGGAGAACUCCUACGGAAUAGGCGUUUCGAAUCGCUACGAACUUUUUUACUGUGAGGAUGUUGAUUCUGCAGACCUCAUCCAACAAGCUGAGAAAAAGUCGAAAGACAAGGCGGAGAAGAAGAAGGAUAAGGAUUUCACGAGACCUUCGAAAUCAGUGGUCGGACGUGGGCAUGACGAUUUAGCAGACAAAAAGAAGAAGGAUCUCGGUCAAGAUAAACGUGGAAAAGAUAAAGACGCUGACGCUCACAUCGUGGAAGAGCGAGAAAACCGAGCUGCUGGAGAUCGCGGUCGACGGGGUCGUGGAUUUGCCGGACGCGGAGGUCCCGUUCCGCGAGAGAACAAGGAAUACAGUUCCGGAAGACCCUUCCAAGAAAACCAGGAGGAUCGUGGCAAUCGUCGUGGUGGCCGCGGUGAAGGUGGACUCCGCCGUGGAGGCGGACGCUACAAUAACCAAGGUGCUCCUCGGGAAGGUGGAUUCCGCAAGGAUGAGGACUAUGCCCCGCGCUACAACAACACCGCACGUUAUGAGAACACAGACGGAAAUGCCGACUACGCGGAAGGCAGCUUUGGUCGUGGGCGAGGUCGCGGACGUGGACGUGGUCCUUUCCGAGGUCGUGGCGAAGGACGUGGUCGUGGCGGGCGUCGAGAAUUUGAUCGUCACUCCGGAACAGGCUAUUUAGGGCAGGAAAAGAAGAACGGCGCAGGCGGCCAUAACUGGGGCGAUUCGACCACUGAAGGACAACUCAUGGAAAAUGCGGAGUUUGACGAAUGGAAUUCUGAGCCGAAGCAGCACGAUUCGACCGAGCAUGAUGGAGAAUUGACGCAGCACGAUACCUCGAAAGAAGGAGAAGUUGGAGAUGAGGAAGCUCCGAAACCGGAUGGCGAUGCGAUCGAAAAUGGAUCCGCGAAAGACGAUGAUGCUGCCAAAGUCAUGACCCUGGACGAAUGGAAAGCCGCUCAAAAGGAGACACGCGUGAAACCUAGCUUCAAUCUGCGGAAAGCAGGAGAAGGGGAAGAUCCGAAGCAGUGGAAAAACCUGUUCGUCCUGAAGAAGAAAGAAAAAUUCGAUUCCGGCGAUGAAAGUGAAGAGGAAGACGAAGACGACGACGAUGACCUGCCCGCCAACAAGAAAAAUGCUGCAGAUUUGAUUCAGAUCGUUUUUUCGGAUCCCGCUCGUCGCGGGGGCUUCGGUCCGCGUGGUGGUCGUGGAGCAGGAUUCGAAGGUCGCCCGGGACGUCGUGGAGGUCGUGGGGGACCCCGUGGUCGCCCGGAUCGCGGUAGUUUCCGCGGGGUUAGAGGAGGGUUUGGGGAUCGUAACUUCGAUGGUGGCGUACACCAGCGUGCCCCGAAGGUAGACGACGAGAGGGAUUUUCCUUCUCUCUCAUUGGUGAUCAUGCUAGAAAUAGCACCUGCAUCCAUGGUGGCGUGCGCUUUAACGCCACCGCCUGAUUCGACGUGGGUUGUCGAUAUCUACAAAAAUAAAGAGGUCCUGGUAGCUGGCGUCGCAACACUGCUGUGCAUAGCUUUUGUGAUAUACUUCUUCCACUAUCGUCGUCGUCGAGCCACACCUGGAGUUGCUGGUAGAUGGCGAUUCCGGAAGAGAGAUAAGAUGCUUUUCUACGGCCGGAAGAUGCUUCGGAAAGUGAAAAAUUUUUCGGGUAAAAUGCAGAAAGCUAGUCGUAAACGUCAUAACAUGCUGAAACUGGCUCGUGAGAUUCUGUUGCGCCGAGAUCCUGGAACAAGAACUCAGCUGAAGGUUCUUGAGCCGCCGGAGUCGUACCUAGAAGCCGACAUGUCCAACAAUUUAGAUGACAGAUUGCCCCCUGAAGUGGUCUACAUGCUGAAGUCAAUCAGGGUCUUCGGUCAUUUUGAGCGUCCAUUAUUUUUGGAGCUGUGUAAGCAUAUUGAAACCGUGAACCUUUCUGCUGGCCAGUAUCUUUUUGCCGUUGGGGAUGCUGACGAAAGCAUAUACGUUGUUCAGGAAGGGCUGGUCAAUGUGUUCAUUUCGAGUAAGGAGGGUGAGGUUAUUUCGCUCAAGAUGGUUCCUCCCGGAGAUUCAAUUAUCUCGUUGUUAUCCUUCGCCGAUUGCUUAUCGGGACAUUGUCAGCCGUACAAAACGGUAAACGCGAGGGCAGUGGAUAACUCGACGGUUCUUCGUUUGCCAGUUUCAGCUUUCCAGAAAGUCUUCGAAGGCUCUCCGGAAUCUUUCGUACGCGUCGUGCAGGUCAUAAUGGUACGCCUGCAGCGCGUGGUGUUCACAUCGCUGUUCUCGUUUUUGGGGUUAUCACAACACAUUUUGACCUCAAGCGGUCGUCGAUCCGGAGUUCCAUCGUCACCAUCAAGAAGUCGACGGGAUCCGAGGAAUUGGAGGCAUUUGACUGAAGGGAAUGAAACUGAGGGAUCAAACUCAAACGCAAGGAACAACCACGUCACAUCUGGAUCCCCCGUUAUGGGUUCUUUCACAUUCGAUGGUUUAAGAGACCGAGAUCUGUUCGAGACGGAUGAGAUGCGCGCGCAACGGAGCCACUAUAAUUCCGAAUUAGCGGGAUCAUUAGAAGAUUCGAAUGUUCAUUCACGACGAUCGACUGUUGGAGAAAUUGGGCAUCGAAGAACAAGAAGUCGUUUAACCCCUCAGGAGGAAGAAGAAGCUCGGGCGAGAUGUGCGGACGCGUUUCGCGGAGCCAUGGGCCUUGAAGAUGUCUCAUUGGUGAAGGACAGAAUUUCUAUUCGUGAAGGAUAUUCUGGAGCGCAUCUGUUGAAGCAGGACUCCGUGAGGGACGUUUCUUUGUUCUACGUUAUUUCUGGCACGCUUACUGUUAGCGUCGGUUCCCCGGAACUUGAAGAACGUGAGGAACUUCUGAUUCAUCUCCACUCCGGAGACAUGUUCGGUGCGUUGGCGGUACUCUCUGGGGAGCCGAGUUUUUUCAACAUCCGAUUCAAGCAUUUUUCAAGGAUCGGAGUUCUUUCCAAAGAAGACAUAUAUCGGGUGAUGAUGGAACAUCCGAGGAUAGUGCUCAGCCUGGCCAAGCUGGUGUUGCGCCGCUUGAAUCCUGUGGUUCGCCAGAUUGACUUCGCCUUAGAUUGGUUGAAUAUCGAGGCUGGUAAAGCACUUUACCGUCAAGGAGAUGUGUCCGACUGCACGUACAUAAUCCUGAGUGGACGUCUUCGUUCUGUUAUUCAGCAAGACAACGGGAAAAAGGAGUUGGUUGCGGAAUACGGUCGAGGAGAUCUAGUCGGUGUGGUGGAAUUACUCACGAAAACAAAACGGGGCACCACGGUAAUAACCGUGCGAGACUCCGAAGUGGCUAAGCUUUCUGAUGGCUUGUUGAACUACCUCAAGUAUCGCUUCCCGAUGGUCGUUACAAAAUUGAUCCAGUUGCUGGGUCAUAGAAUUUUGGGAACGUGGCAAAAGGGAGGCCGGGUUGAUCGACCACGUCCGAUUGAACUGCGUUCCUCGCAAGCUAACUUGAAUACCGUUGCCCUUCUUGCCGUUUCGGACGAUGUUCCAUUGUCAGCCUUCGCAUAUGAAUUGCUUCAUUGCCUGAACGCGAUUGGUCCAAGUUUGAGACUGACUUCCGAAUAUGUACGCUCAGUCCAUGGACCACACAUCAUGGAGCCCGCAAAUGAAUUCCGCCUGAGCAGUUGGUGUGGUCAGCAAGAGGAUCUCAAUCGGAUGGUUCUUUAUCAGUGUGAUCCGACGUUGACCAUGUGGACUAGGAGAUGCAUCCGUCAGGCUGACUGUAUUCUUAUCGUUGCGCUUGCUGACAAAGAACCGUCCGAGGGGAAGAUUGAGCGAGAAUUGGACAAAAUGUCGAUUCGCACGCAAAAGGAACUCGUGCUACUUCAUCGUGAUCCAAAAAACAAGCCAUCAAAUACUGCAGCGUGGCUCAAUGUAAGGUCAUGGUGUUCUAACCAUCAUCAUAUUCGUUGUCCUCCACGGAUGUUCAGUCGUCGAUCGCAGACGAGAAUUAAAGAGUUGUACAAGUCGGUGCUCUUGAAUGAACCUGAUAUUUAUAAUGAUUUUGGGAGGUUGUCGCGGAUCCUGACGGGUACCAGUGUUGGAAUCGUUUUAGGCGGUGGCGGUGCACGUGGUGCAGCGCACGUGGGCAUGAUUCGAUCGAUUCUGGAAGCCGGAUUGCCGAUUGACAUGGUCGGUGGAGUCAGUAUCGGAGCUUUUAUGGGAGCUCUUUGGUGCGCCGAAACCGAUCUGAUCACGUAUACACAGAAAGCUCGGGAAUUCUGUCGGAAAAUGACGCAAGUCUGGCGUCAGAUUCUCGACCUGACCUACCCAACAACCGCCAUGUUCUCUGGGAGGGCGUUCAAUGGUCUCAUUUCUGAAGCGUUGGGCCAGAGAAGCAUUGAAGAUCUUUGGAUUCCAUACUUCACACUCACAACGGAUAUCACGACGUCCAACCAGCGUAUCCACACUCACGGGUCUAUGUGGCGCUAUGUUCGCGCUUCCAUGUCACUUUCGGGAUAUAUGCCGCCAUUGUGCGACCCGACGGACGGCCACCUCCUCCUCGACGGCGGCUACGUGAACAACUUGCCAGGAUGUAUGUGGCGAUACGUGCGAGCCAGCAUGUCCAUUGCUGGAUGGCUGCCUCCUAUGACCGACCCCGAAGACGGUCACUUACUCGUUGAUGGAGCUUAUAUAAACAAUGUGCCAGCCGACGUUAUGAAGAACUUCGGAGCUGGAACAAUUUUCGCCAUUGACGUCGGCUCUCAAAACGAUGUGGAAGUUGUCAACUAUGGAGAUUCGUUGAAUGGAUGGUGGAUUCUAUGGAAGAGAUGGAAUCCGUUCACGGCUUCGGUUAAAGUGUUGGAUUUGCCCGACAUUCAGUCCCGUUUGGCGUACGUGUCAUGCGAGGUGAAGAGCAGCGAUUAUUGUGAAUAUAUCAGACCUCCCAUUGAUCGGUACAAAACGCUGCAAUUUGGCUGCUUCGAGGAAAUCAAGGACGUUGGUUACAAUCACGGGAAAGCGUAUUUCCAUGGUCUGAUGAAAUCUGGUAAUGUGAGAGAUUUUCUGACUCGUGAUAGAGGCGCCACGUCAACGGCUAUUGCUUCUUCGGUGGGGCGGGUGUAUGUUGCAUCCAAACCUUCUUCGUUUGUCGAUCUUGCUCGACUUGUUUGUCAAGUCAAGGACCCAAGUAUCAUCAUGGACGAAAAUAGUGACGAGGAUACAGCCAGUAGUGCCUCAGAGGAAGAAGGUCUCCGAGAAGCCGGUUACAUGUCUGAACCAGCGUCUGGUCCUUACGUCCGUGCUGAUGCCGGAGAUAACUCUCCUAGACAUUCUGGGCGCCGUGGAGGAUCUCUUUCGGAAACGGAGAUUAUCCGAGUAGCCGGCGGCGAUGACGACUAUUUUGAAGACGACGGUGAUACGUCGGAUACUAACGCUGGCGAACCAAACUUGAUUUCGGGUGCACUGUGAUAUUCGUCGAUCGAUGGAUCAUUCCGUGGUGCAAUUUUUGUAGCAGUCUUUUCGCUUGGUAUAUAUGUGAAGAUGUUUCUUUCAACGUGUACCGCGUUGAAUACUGUAUCUUCUUUUUCUUGGCAAUUCAUUCGGGUAUUAUUGGUUGACUUUUCUGGCCUCAUGUUUGGGUUAACGCUUCCGGCGGCAAGCGUUUCGUUGGAUUGCCUCGUUUGUGUUCUCUUUUCAACUUAUCGUUGUUCUAAGGGGAUUAAUCCUAGAUAAUUUUGUGAUGGAAAUGAAUUCAUGAAUUAUUAUCGUA